AUGUUGAGUGACAUCUUCUACCCUGACAACCCUAAGAGAAGGGAGCAGCUCAUCCGCAAAGGGCAAGAGCUUCGAGAUCUGAUGAAGAACAACUUCAGAGCCACCAACCAACUGAAUGAUGCUAUGAACAAGCACUUGAGUUGCUCCUUCGAACAUAUCACCCUGAACGAGAGCGCUUCUCUUCGGGAGAACUGUACUCUGAUAAUGGGAUGCAUGUGUAAUAUAAUGGUAGUGGUAGAGAGGAUUGACAGGGAGCUGAAGGAGAAGCUGGAACCCACCAUGUACGAGAAACUGAGAAAACUGUCUCUGUCUUCUGCAGACUUUAAAGCGAUUUCAAAAGCUUUUGAAGCAGUUUGUGGUAUUGCAACUGUGGAAUCUACUGUUUUCGCUGGUUAUUUAAUUGAUAAUGUAGUUACUCUGGCAAACAUAACAAAAACGUAUGCUAUAAUUGGAGCAGGGAAAUUUGCCUGUGUUAGGUUGGCAGUGGUGUUCUUGGGGAUCGACAUGAUUGUGAAGGACAUCAUUGGGAAAAUCGAGCGUGAUCAACUUAAGAAAGCCCUAGAAGAGUAUGACAAAGUUUUGGAUGAAUUCAGGCCAGCGUCUGAACAAUAUCAGGAUAAAAUUACCUAUGUCAGAGUCAAAAUUGAGAUGGAGAAAGAAGACAUGCUAGUUUGA